AUGGCAACCAUCACAGUCGCCCAGACUGUUCCUCCUCCUCCAUUUCUCGAAAACCUCGACCGAUCUCGCUGGAGGCUGAAAAACGAAAACGGUCGCCAUACGUGGCAUUAUCUCGAAGACGACAAUGCCGCUCGAUGCUGGCCACAAACCCUAGCAGACAAGUACUACUUAGGGCUUCCUCUGAACCUACCCCACCUUCAACCAGCACAAACCCCUCUCGAUGCCGUCAAAAACGGCUUCACGUUUUUUGAGAAACUCCAACUGAGACCAGGAAACUGGGGUUGCGAAUACGGCGGACCCAUGUUCCUCCUUCCGGGAGUUGUGAUAGCGUGGGUUGUGACAAACACGCCUAUACCCCCUGCAUAUGCGACGGAGAUGCGAAACUAUCUCUUUGCGCGCGCUCAUCCAACACAAGGCGGCUGGGGUCUCCACGUGGAAGGCGAGAGCACCGUCUUUGGAACUGCUCUCAACUAUACCGCCUUGAGACUCCUUGGUGUGGACGCCGAAGACCCCGUCAUGGUGAAAGCACGUGGCUUGCUUCAUCAGCUCGGUGGCGCACUCAACGCGCCGCAUUGGGGGAAGUUCUGGCUGGCGAUUUUGGGCGUGUGUCGCUGGGAGAUUGUCAACCCUGUCCCACCGGAGACGUGGCUAUUGCCGGAUUGGAUACCUCUGGCCCCUUGGCGAUGGUGGGUGCACAUGCGUCAAGUAUUUCUGCCCAUGUCGUACAUAUGGUCACGAAAGUGGACAAUGCCCGAAACACAGGUUGUUAGGGACUUGAGGAAGGAACUUUUUACUCAGCCGUGGGAGAGUAUUGAAUGGGCCGCUCAUAGGAAUACCAUCGCUGCUGUGGACAACUACCACCCCAAAUCAUGGUUGCUCAACACAGUGAACUUUGUGCUUUCUGAUAUAUGGUUUCCUUAUCUCCGGCCACACAGUCUCGUCAAACGGGCCGAGGAUUGGGUUAGUAAACUUGUCGAUAUGGAGGACGCCAACUCAGAUUAUUCUGACUUGGCUUCGGUUAAUGGACCCAUGAAUAUGAUUGUUUGUUAUGUUCGUGAUGGACCAGAUGCAUACUCAGUCCGUCGACAUCAGGAACGCCUCGAGGACUUUCUUUGGGUAAACAGUGAAGGUAUGCUGGUCAACGGGACGAAUGGCGUGAUGUGCUGGGAUACCGCGUUUGCCAUCCAAGCAGCCCAUGCUGCCGGUAUAGCUCUGGAUACCCGCUGGAGACCGAUGUUGACACGCGCACUGGAGUUUCUCGACGCUCAGCAAAUCCGAGAAGACUGCGAUGAAGCCGACAUCUGCUACCGUCACAAGCGCAAAGGAGGCUGGACAUUCAGCAACAAGGAUCAAGGGUACGCUGUGAGCGAUUGUAUUUCAGAGGCCCUUAAAGCGGUUAUCCUCCUACAGAAAACUCCGGGAUAUCCGCAAUUGCUGGACGAUCAGAGGAUUUUUGAUGCGGUUGACGCCCUCUUGACGUACCAGAAUCAGUCUGGAGGUUGCGCUUCUUAUGAGCCAACAAGAGGGAGCCAAUAUCUGGAGAUGCUCAACGCGGCAGAAGUAUUUGGCGGCAUCAUGGUCGAAUACGACUAUCCAGAAUGCACGACGGCUGUUGUUACCGCCAUAUCUCUGUUCAGCAAGUACUGGCCUGAAUAUCGAACUGCGGAGAUUCAGGCGUUCAUUCAGCGCGCACUAGCAUACAUUAAGCGAACUCAGCGCCCAGAUGGAAGUUGGUACGGUAGCUGGGGUGUAUGUUUCACGUAUGGAACAAUGUUCGCCCUCGAGAGUCUGGCGUCGGUAGGAGAGACAUACCACAAUAGCGCUCGUGUCCGGCGAGCAUGCGAGUUUCUGAUAUCGAAGCAAAGGGAAGAUGGCGGAUGGUCUGAGAGCUUUAAGAGCUGCGAAAAAAUGCAAUAUAUUGAGCACCCAUCAGGGUCCCAGCUAGUGCAGACAUCAUUCGCCAUUGUCGGACUCAUGAAAGCGGACUACCCAUUUGUCGACCCGAUCAAGAAGGGCAUACAGUUAAUCAUGGACCGACAACAGCCCAACGGCGAGUGGCUACCAGAGGCAAUUGAGGGAAUCUUCAACAAAAGCUGCGCGAUUACGUAUCCGAACUACAAAUUCAUCUUUACGACGCUGGCGCUGGGCAUGUACGCGCAGAAGUAUUCGAAGGAGGCUACGGCGCAGGGUUCUUGA